AUGGGCAGCUAUCCUCAGUCUAACGAUGGCCCACUUCGAGAGCCCAUUGCAAUCGUGGGAAGCUCUUGUCGCUUCCCAGGUGGUGCUACUUCCCCAUCAAAGCUAUGGGAUCUCCUCUCAGAUCCCCGAGAUCUUGUGCAAGAGAUUCCCGCCAGUCGCUUUGAUCCGAAGGUUUUCUAUCAUGAAAACAGUCAGCACCAUGGAAGUAUGAACACAAAAUAUGCUUAUAUUUUACAAGAUGAACCGCGACUUUUCGACCGCGAUUUCUUUAACAUCAGCCCAAAGGAGGCUGAAGCGAUGGAUCCACAGCAGCGAUGUCUUCUGGAGACUGUCUACGAGGGAGUGGAGUCGGCAGGUUACUCCAUCCCUCAGCUCCAAGGGUCUUCUACUGGUGUCUUCGUCGGAGCAACAUGCUUCGACUACCAGUCCAUUGCAAUGCGUGGCCUCGAUAGCCUGCCGCAGUACUACGCCACUGGCGGGUCCAUGGCGAUCCUAGCCAACCGUCUAUCGUACUUUUUUGACUGGAGAGGUCCGUCACUUGCCUGCGAUACUGCUUGUUCGUCAUCACUCGUGGCGCUGCACCAGGCAGUGCUUUCUCUUCGAAGCGGGGAAAUCAACAUGGCUGUUGCAGCGGGGGCAAACCUCAUCCUCGGGCCAGAACUUUUUAUCGCUUAUUCGAAUUUAAAUAUGUUGUCUCCCAAUGGUCGAUCCUACAUGUGGGAUUCAUCUGCCGACGGAUACGUACGAGGAGAGGGGUUCGCCUCUGUCAUUCUCAAGACCCUUAGCCAAGCUGUUGCUGAUGGUGACCACAUUGAGUGUAUUAUCCGUGAAACCGGUGUAAACUCUGAUGGUCGAACUCCAGGUAUCACAAUGCCAAGUGCAGAGGCGCAGUCCCAACUUAUUCGAGACACAUAUAAGAGAUGUGGGCUGGAUCCGGUGCGUAAUCGUCCUCAUUAUUUUGAGGCUCACGGCACUGGUACUCCAGCAGGCGAUCCUAUUGAGGCACGUGCCAUACAUGAUACUUUUUUCCCAGGACAUCCAGGCCAGAAUGACGGUCACCUCUUUGUAGGCUCAUUGAAGACCAUCAUCGGACAUACAGAGGGCACUGCUGGCCUCGCUGGAGUACUCAAAGCAUCGUUGGCUGUUCAACACGGCCAGAUCCCGGGCAACCUUCAUUUCAAAGAGCUGAACCCGAAGAUCCAGCCAUUUUAUAAGCAUCUAAGGGUUCCAACAGGAUUGACUUCGUGGCCCACUCUGCCCAAAGGGGAGCCACGCCGUGUAAGUGUCAACAGUUUCGGCUUUGGCGGAACCAACGCCCACGCUAUCAUUGAGAGCUGGGAUGGAGCAUACGACCGCUAUGCAUCCUUGUCGAAUCCGGGCGGACUUGUUGUCCUGUCUGCCAACUCGGCUCAAGCACUUGCAGCUAAAGCUACGACGCUGGCCGAAUACCUACGGAAACAUCCUGCUACAGAUCUUGGGCGACUAGCCCGGACCCUAUUCCAGAGAGGAGACUUCCUCUUCCGAGCCUCAUUUGCCGCUGUAUCUGCUGAGCAGCUUGCCGGAAAGCUUGAAUCGCGCGCAGAGGCGCUCAAGAAGACUGCACGGAUUCCAGCCAUUCCAAAGUCCCUACCGCCUCGUAUCCUUGGUGUCUUUACAGGUCAAGGUGCCCAGUGGGCCACCAUGGGCAAAGAACUCUACGAAGCAUCAUCUGUGUUCAGGAAGACGUUGGACCAGCUACAGAACAGUCUCGAUACACUCCCUGAGAGCGAUCGACCAAACUGGAAGCUAAUCGACGAACUCUCUGCUCCAAGGGAAACAUCCCGCGUUGGUGUAGCUGCCAUCUCGCAGCCGAUCUGCACAGCCCUUCAAGUCGCUCUAGUAGACGUUAUCCGCGCAGCUGGAGUUGACUUUGCGGCCGUUGUCGGACACUCAAGUGGAGAAAUAGCUGCAUCGUAUUGUGCAGGCUAUCUUGACGCUCGGGAUGCUAUACGCGUUGCAUAUUACAGAGGUUUCCAUUCUAAUCUAGCCCAAUGCGAUGGCAAGCGUGGCAAGAUGAUGGCCGUGGGCAUGGGCUUGGACGCCGCGUUAGCAUUCUGUGCUGAAUUUGGCACAAACCUCAAGGUAGCAGCCAAUAACUCCACCACUAGCUGUACGCUGGCUGGUGAUGCCAACUUGAUUGACGAGGCCAAGGCUCAAUUGGACGAGGACAAAGUCUUCGCCCGUGUCUUGGCAGUGGACACAGCAUAUCACUCUCAUCACAUGUUGCCAUGCGCGGGUCCUUACCUUGAGUCGUUACGACAAUGUGGAGUCAAAACUCUGAAAGGCCCCAGAAAGUGCGAGUGGUAUUCUAGUGUUUGGGGAUCAAAUGGCCGUAGUCGUUCUUUCAACGACGAGAAGGGCAUGGAACUGCUCGAAGGCCAGUACUGGGUCGAUAACUUGACCAACACGGUCCUGUUCUCCCAGGCAGUGAACCGAGCUGUGUCUGAAGAAUCCUCAGUGUUGGACUUGGCACUAGAGGUAGGCCCGCAUCCAGCUCUCAAGGGGCCAAGUUCCGAAGUGAUCAAGUCUUUGACCGGCCUGAACCUUCCUUACAGCGGUGUCCUCAAACGCGGAGAAAGUGCUGUUGAAGCUUUUACCGAUAGCUUAGGACUUAUAUGGUCCUCUUUCCCCUCGUCGCGUCCUCUCAUCACUUUUGAUGGCAUAUUACGGGCCUUGCCGCUGGCUAGUCCUAAGAAACCCAGCAUUCUCAAGGGCCUACCAACCUAUCCUUGGGAUCAUGAUACCCUUAAUUGGCGGGAGUCGAGAGCAUCGCGUCUCUUCCGUGGUGGUCAGCCGCCCCACGAGCUGCUCGGUCGACCAACGAUACUUGGUGAACAAGCUAGGCGAGAGGUCUAUUGGCGCCAGGUUUUCAAACUGAACGAGCUCCCAUGGGUACGAGGCCAUACCAUACAAGGCGAAGUCCUCUUCCCAGCAACUGGAUACUUGACAAUGGCGUACGAGGCAGCAGUGCGUCUCGUCGAUGACCAGGAGUCAAUCCGUCUUGUUGAGCUCCAUGAUAUCGAGAUCGUGCGAACCAUGGGCAUGCAGGAAGACUCGUCAGGCCUGGAGGUUCUAUUCACUGUCCGCGUGACGGGUCAGACCGACAGCUGCAUUACUGCCGAAGUGGCCUGUUACAGCGGCGACAUUACCACGGCCAAGUUGGACGGCCCUGUGAGCUCGCUCACCGCACAUUUCAGUGGUGGUGUGCGGCUUUUGCUGGGUCCAGCCCAGAGCGGCGACCUUCCCACCCGGAAGAAGCCUCUACUCCCAAUGAACACUUUGGAUAUGGACCAAUUCUACGGUUAUCUGUCGAAAGUGGGCUACAACUAUUCCGACUCUUUCAAAGCGCACUCGGUUGAUCGUCACCUCAACCAUGCCGUGGUAUCUGUCUCGACACCUGCUGAAUCUGCCUCAACAUGUCCCUCAAUGCACCCUGCAGUUCUCGACACCGCUAUCCAAGGCCUCCUGGCCGCUUUUUCAUACCCAGAAGACGGAAGGCUUGGGACAGUGUAUCUCCCUACGGGCAUUGAUAGUGUCCGCAUCAAAGUGGCAUCUGACUCUCCCGACGUCUUGAUGGCAGACAGCGCUUUGACUUCCUCAGGGGAGAAGGGGCUCACGGGUGAAGUAGACCUUUUCAACGCAAGCGAUUCAACUGUCCAAGUCCAAAUGCGAGGAGUGAGCUGGACCGCCCUAAAUCAAGGCCGGGAGCGCUGGCUAUAUGCAAGCGAGGAAUGGGUACGAGACGCAUCUCACGGCAUCGAGCCUACCCUGAAGACCAAGUUCUCUCCCGAAGAUGAAGUGUUGCGGAAGCUCCUGGUACGAGUAGCGCAUUUCUACUUACGCGCCCUUCGCAGCCAGAUAAAGCCUUCAGAACUGAUCGUUAUGGGCAAACAUCGUCGUCACAUGAUGAGAUGGGUCCGUGAGCACCUGUUUCCCCAGAUCGAGGCAGGCAAGGUGCCCGAUAUUGAGCCUGAGUGGGCGAAUGAUACGCUUGAAGAAGUGCAGCAAUGGAGCGCUCCCUAUAUUGAAGCAGGAAACAACGACAUGCUCAUCCUGCACGCUGUAGGCAAAAACUUGCCUGCUAUUGCUCGCGGAACUAUGCCUGCCCUCCAGGUUAUGCUUAAGGACGGCAUGCUCGACCGUUUGUAUGUGGAGGGAGUCGGUUUUGCCGACGGUAACCUUGAUCUCGGGCCGUUGGUCAAGCAAGUUGCGCAUCGAUAUCCCCGGAUGAAGGUCCUCGAGGUCGGAGCUGGAACGGGUGGUACCACUCGCAGUGUACUUGAGUCUGUCGGCGACCAUUAUGGAUCAUACACGUACACUGACAUCUCAGCCGGCUUCUUUGAGCCGGCAAAGGCAAAGUUUAGCGAGCACACAAGCAAAUUGACGUUCAAGAUGCUGAACAUUGAGAAAGAUCCGAUAGAGCAAGGGUUCGUUGAAGGCUCAUAUGACAUGGUCGUAGCCUCCAACGCGCUGCAUGCGACUCGAUGCUUGAAAGAUACGCUCAGCCACUGUCGCCAGCUGCUUCGACCUGGCGGAUACUUGGUAUUGCUAGAGAUCACGACCAACCAUCUGCCAAUUCAACUCAUCAUGGGCACGCUUCCUGGAUGGUUCCUGGGCGCUGACGAAGGCCGCGUCUGGGUGCCUACGCUUAGUCUUGAGGAAUGGGACAAGAUACUCAAAGAGACUGGAUUCUCAGGUGUUGACACAAGCUCAACACCGUCCUUCUGUUCCGUCAUCAUGUCUCGGGCAACUACCGAGACCUUCGAAGCCAUUCGAGAGCCACUAUUAACUGCACCGCGCCCAGCAGCCCAGCCACUGGGUCCUGUUCUUAUUGUCAGCAAUGCGGCGUCAGAACUUGCAUCCGGGUCACAAGCCCUCCUCACUUCCAUCGAGGGUGUUACUCAAUGCGAUAUUACAGGCCUCGAGGACAUCAAGUGCCCCGUCGGAGCAGUAGUGUUGUGCCUCUCUGACCUGGAUAGUCCAGUCUUCGAGGAAAUGACUGAAGCGAGAUUCGAAGCUAUGCAGACAGUCUUCCGCAAUGCCAGCGUCGUUUUGUGGGUGACGUCAGGGGCAACCUCGGGCAAGAACCCGCUGGCCAAUGUGACAGUAGGAUUGGGACGUACACUGCUGGCCGAACGUAGUGACUUGCAGCUUCAGUUCCUCGACGUUGAUGAUCCAACAUCUCUGGAGCCGUCUCUACUGGCGAAGCUUCUGCUCAGACUCACCGGAACAGAUCAAGCUGAUCUAAGCGAGAUGCUCUGGACCCAAGAGCCUCUUCUUGCACUUAAAGAUGGCGCGUUCUAUAUUCCCAGGGUUUUGCCUCUACAAGUUACCAGUCGUCAGUCUACAACGGAGCCAUCCGUCGAAGUGGCAACACAAGAUUCGGUAGAGAACGUCGUCACCGAAACCGGCCUUGAUGAGCAUAAAAGCACUUUCGCCGAUAACAAGACCUACAUCCUUUUUGGCAUGACAGGAGAUCUUGGAAUCUCUAUUGCUCGAUGGAUGGUGGAGAACGGUGCUCGAAACGUCGUGCUGACCAGCCGCCAUCCCGAUGUUCCGGAGGGAGUGUUCGAAUUUAUGUCACAAAAGGGAGCCAUACUGCGUGCCAUAUCAGCAGAUGUUACGGACAAAGAAGGAUUGAACAAGGUAUACGCAGAGAUCAAGUCGACUUUGCCACCCAUUGGAGGUAUCAUCAAUGGCGCCAUGGUACUCCGAGACCGCCCCUUUGUCGACACUACCUGGGACGACUUUGAGGCAGUACUUGCGCCAAAGGUUGCAGGGACUCGCAACCUUGAUGAGCUCUUUGGUGAAUCUGAGGCCCUGGACUUCUUCAUUGUGCUUUCGUCUGCGACAUCCAUUGUGGGCAACAUUGGACAGUCAGCUUAUAGUGCAGCAAACCAUUAUAUGACAAGUCUCGUCAAACGUCGGCAGGGUCGUGGACUGGUUGGGUCAGUCGUAGUCAUUGGCUUCCUGACGGGCCUGGGCUACAUCUUCCGUUCAGACAAGAAGCAUCGCGCUGCCAUUGAGAAGUCUCUCCUUCCACGGCUGGAUCGACAAGCCGAGACAGAUCUGCACGAUAUGCUCAUCAAGGCUAUCGAGUGCGGACGACCAGAAUCCAACCUACCAUCCGAGCUCAUCACUGGUAUAAGGAAGAAGUUCACAGAAGCGUGGCACGAAGAUGUGCGCCUAUCAGGCUACCUCCUACAAGAAGGUGACAAGGAGGAAGGCGCCAGUCAGGAGCAAGCUGAUGGGAAUGUCAAAGUUGAUAUUCAGCUGGCUGCAACCAAGGAUCCAAAGGAAGGUCUCGCAAUCCUGAUCAAGUGCUUCUCGCAAGCUCUGGGUAACAUGCUCCAGCUCGAUCCGGCCCAGAUCAACGCCGAUAUGCCUGUGGCUGAACAUGGUGUUGACUCGCUCGUAUCCGUUCGUAUACGUGAGUGGUUCCUGAAAGAGCUCGGUGUUGACGUGCCGGUAUUGAAACUCAUGUCGACCAACCACACCAUGUCGCGCGUAUGCGAGGAUGCCUUCGCAGGAUGGCGAAAGCUUCGCUCAGGGUCUCAGGCAGAGUCCCAGACCGCUACCAAGACCCAUGACGAUCCAGAAAUGGAUUGGAAGAAGGAAGUAGCCGGGCUCAUCGACGGCAUUCCUGCCCUGGUCGCAGCUGGCGUUGACUCCGCCGACGUGCCUCGCACUAGCGCACGCCGCGUCGUCUUGACUGGAUGCACAGGUUUCUUGGGUACGCACAUACUUCGUAACCUCGUCGCAGACCCCAAUACCGCAGAGGUGCACUGUCUCUGCCUUCGCUCGCGUCCUCUGCGCGUCAAGGACGCAAGGAUCCACGAGUACAAGGGCGACCUAGUCAAACCGUUCCUGGGGCUGUCCGCGGCCGACUUCAAGCGCCUCAGCCAGACGGCCGACCUAAUCAUCCACGUCGGAGCCGACGUCGCGCAUCUGAAAUCGUACGAAAUGAUGCGAGCUGCCAAUGUCAUCUCGACGCAGACGCUGCUCGCGAUGGCGACGCCACGCCACGUGCCCGUACACUUUGUGUCUUCGUCGUCCGUGGCAAUGUUGCAGAAGGAUACAGCAGAGCUGUGGGAGGUGCCGCCGUCCAGCUUCUGGCCACCGUCGGAUGCAGAGUCGCUAAUGAAGAAUGCGAUUGGUUAUGCAGCCAGCAAGUGGAUGGGCGAGAUCCUGCUGGAGCGUGCGGAGGGUGUUCCGGGCGUAGUCCAUCGCUUCCCCAACAUCAUGGGGCCGGACGCACCCGAAGAGAUCCCGCUAGUGGCCCUAGACCGCUACUGCAUGAAGCUGCGGGCCGUCCCUGCGCUAGAUCCCAAGCAGUGGGUCGGAGAGCUUGACGUCAUCGAGGUUACUGACGUGGUGCCGGAACUCAUGGCCACGGCGUAUGCCCAUGAUCCCAGCAAGUCAUUCGCAAUUCACAACUACUGCAGCGAGAAUAGAUACUUGCUCUCGGAUCUCGUGAGUAUGUACAAGCAGAAGCUGGGUGGCACCGUUGAAGUCCUGCCGACACCUGAGUGGAUGCGGAGGGCUAAGGACUUGGGCAUGCCCAAGGGAGUGGAGGCUACUUGGACUGGGCACAAUGAAGUGUUCAUAUCGCCUGUAUUGCACAAAGGACAAAAAUGAUUAGACAUAGAGUAUAGAGGCGACUGUAAAUUGUAUAGAGGCGACUAUAAAU